AUGGAUGCACUGCAGCAAGAAAAUGCAGAGCCUAACCAAGAGAAAAACGACAAAUCUACAAAUCAAAACGACAGCGGUUGCGAAACGAGCACGACAAAAUCGAUCGAAGAGACACUGAACAGUACAAAUAUCGAUAAUUUAGUAAUUGCAAAAGACGCGAGCGCCAAAAAACACAUAAACAAAACGGUUUAUGCGCUCCUACACAGACCCCUGUCACCCAGUCGAAAAAAUCAAAUCGACUCGCUGAAAUCGAAAUACGAGAAAAGCGAUAACGAAAAAGAAACCAACGAGAACUCCGAAGAAACUACUAACGGUAAAGAACUAAUCAGAAACAAAUCGAAACUGCCACUGCCGGUAACCAGGAGUAGCAUAAAAAACGAAAUCACACCCAACAAAUUAUCAGACAAACUUAAGCAACGCCACAGCUUGAUGUUAGACAAGAAAACCAAGAAAACCGACGAAAACUCGAACGAUGUGUUUAGAAGAAAAAGCAGCUCGAGCUCCGGAGAAUUCAUCACGAUAAUCCCGAGAUCCGAGUCCGUGGAAACCGUCGAUCAAUUCGGUAAGGAACUCGACCUGUUCACUAUGGACAAAAAGGUGAAAGAGAAGAAGCGCACCAGCAGCUUCAGGAAGAUAUUCUCCGGCAAAAUAUUCAAUAAGGAGAAGAAGAAGAAAGACGAGACUGAAAAGAUAAUCGUUCAAAGCGAUAACAUGCAGAACGAGCACAGCUUUUCCAAGCAAUCGACGCACAGGAGCAGCCACAUACCCAAGCCCUACCCGCAGGAGAGGAGAGUCCCGCCGCCCAACAUCGAUAUGCACGAAAUAGAGAAACGUUACGCCGAAAUGCGCGUGAAGGAAUUCCACAGCAUCAAGCAAAAUUUCGACAAGCAAAACAACCACGUCGACGAGACCGAUGAGAUUCUCACCGUCACUCCAGGCCCGAUGGAUUUCGAUAAAGUGACAAACAUCAAGAAAUUCAUCGAUACAAGCUCAUCAGCGAGCGUGGAAUCCGAGAAAGACAGCACCAUCAAAACCUUCGUUGAUCAAGAAAUCCCCUACAGAUCUACGAGGUUUAUGGAAAAUCACAGGGACACUCCGCCUCGAUUGCAGGAAUUACGGCAAUCCCAGGACGUGCGAUUAGUAAAUCCGAAAGCUUUGAUUCCUAUUAAUUCGGAACGACCUUUACCCAAUCCAUAUCAAAAACCCGCUAUUAGUCCCAAACCUCAACUAGCACCCCAUCAAAAUUCCCCAAAACCAAAGAUUCGACAACAAUUCGACUACAACUCGCAAAAAAACCCGGUUCUAAACGAAACCUACGGAACUGUUGUGGAUAAUAUCGAUAGAAGAAUUAGCCAGAAACCGCCGAGAUCUCCUUCUCUGGAACCCACUAAAUUACGAUUGCCUCCCAACAGAGAUACCGGCCCGUUGUCCCCGCGAAUGAGAUCGCCCAUUCCCCAGCACCACGUCAGUACAGAAAAAUUAAUAGCCACUGAAUUACUAAGAACCUCCCGAUCCCCAACACCUACUAAAAAGAAAUCGAACCACCCGAGUUCCAGUCACCAAAAACUCGAUACAAACGGAGAUUAUUCCGAUAGCCAGAGAGUUGCAACGAAACCUCCAAUUUCAAGAAUGGUCGAACAAAAGGGCAAUAAUCAAAUGUCGCCUAAUUACGAAAAUCAAGCCGCAAUUUCACGUAUGGCCAAUCAAAUCAAACCGAACUACGAUAAUAGAAUUUCAACGAGGUACGAACGUGAUUCUGUAUCGAAUUACAGAAACAGCAUGUCGCCUAGCUAUCAGAGUUCCCCUAAUUUCGAGCCAAGAGGUCACCACUCUUCCCCUUACGGUAGUUCGCAAGAAGUACUAAUGGCCAAUCAAGUACCAAUGAGAUCUCCAACGCCGAUUCAUUUACUGCAAAACGCCGAAUUGGCUUUAAUCAAAUCGAACUCUAGAUGCUCCACGCCUGUGGAUCAAAGAAUCCCCCAAACCAAUCAGACGCCUUCACCUCAAAAGGAAGAAAUGAGAAAGAGCGUAGAAGCCUAUUACUGGAAGGAGAUCAAAAAACUAAAAGAGCAAGAAAACAGAGACUUGUACUACUAUCAAAUGCAAGUGUUGCCUUUCGGUUACGCCGAAGACCCAGUAAAUUACAGACGAUCCAGAAGCUCUUCGCCGUCUUCGUUACGAAACAGCAGGAGAAGCCUAAGCUUACCGCGUGAACCGAAACAAUUCUUAAGUAUGGACAGGUACCAGCAUUUAUCGAUUCCAGAAGGAAGUACCGUGAACAACUACCAGAAUCACAACGUGCAAUACCAACAGAACUUCCGAAGGAACGUUCCGGAAAGGCGCACCAUCGACUCGAUCCCGAGAUCGAACGGCAACACAAUUUACAGGCCCAUUUUCAAAAGAGGCAGUCUCACGACCCCUGUAAGAGAGUUUGCGGAAGACCAACAACAGAAGAGAGUUAGCUUCAAUAAUAAUAAUAAUAACCAGAACAGGCAAGCCUGGCCCACGAGGAACGGGUACACCCAAAGCCCGCCGCAACGCAGAAUGGAAACGGCGCGACAAGAAAGCCUUGAAGACGACGUAUUUCUACCGAAUCAACAACAAACUUCCAAGCUAAUCGUCGAUGGUAAAGAAGUGUACGGUUACGCUAACAGGCCGUACGAUAACCACGUCCAACAGCAAGAUCCUUAUUAUCAAAACGCGAACUUCUACAAGCAAAUACACCAAGAGCCGGUUUACAACCAGCAAUUGGAAGAAUCCAGAAUACCCAGAAGCAUCACCAGAUACAACUCCAUGCAAAUCGUCGACCCGUCUUACGGGCAGCACCAGAAAGUCUCGACGAGGAGGAUGUCCGUGGACAACCCCCAAAACUACGCUGUUAAAACCAACCCUAACGCGCCCAGGCGGCAAAUCUACCUAAAAGACGACAUUUACGGUUACUUCGGGGGGUACAUUCCCAACGACAAGCAAAACGUCCAGUACUCCUCCAGGCAGAACGUCGCAGAACCGAAUUACGGUUACACCAGAAACCCCCAGAAACAAGUAUCUGUUAGGGACAAAGUGUGCGAUAUUUACGGGCAAAUACAUGAUAGAGAGAGCCCAUCGUUGAGUGUUAGGAAAUCCGGAGUGGUGCUCGGGCAGCUGCAGCAGGCCUAUCCCCAGCCAUCCGGCCAGAACUUCGUGAGGAACUCAAGACUGACCGCAAGUGCCAACGAUAUGUACAGGAGGUACCAAAACGUGGAGCACAAUCCUAGAUAUCCCGCUAACGUGAUGUAUGAUGGGUACCAGGAAAGGCCGUCUCCCAGGCCUCUCCCGCCGGUGCCCACGGAUAAAAACGUGUACUAUAGACAGCGCGUGAAUAAUCCGCAGGAAUUUUGUGAUGUACAAACUGUACAAAGUAGUAAUAAAGGACGCGGCGUUGUCGGCCAGCAAAAACCAUAUUUUCAACAAUAUCAACCUCGUAUCAACAACAGUACAGAAAGAGCCAUUCUUUUGGAACAACUACAGCUAUUGAAGAGACAACAAGCAUUGGAAAUAAAUAAAUGGAAAAAUCAACAAUCUCAGAAUCGAAAAUCUCAACAGUUCAAUUCAAAUUCUAGUAAUUAUACUAAUAAUGGAUUGUCUUUAGAAGACUUGAAGAAGCAGGUGCUUUUAGAAGAACUGAAGCUACUUAGAUUAAAAAUUAAAAUGGAAAUUGACUUAAAAUAA